AUGGACGACCAGCAUUUCGGUGAGCUAGUCGAAGAUGGUUUUCCAAAUUUUCGACCCAUAAGAUUGUACGAUUCUCAUGUCGAUACAAUCAAUGAUUCCUUAACUCUGUCCCAAUCUCGAAUGGAUCCACUUUCAGAUUUUGACACGCUCUCAAGUCAACAGUUGGACGAAAUUGAUGCUGAGGGUUUCGCACAAGAUUUAGACCACAUGACCAGUGACACAAACUCACUUUCUUCACACCAAGAUCGAAUCUUUGCAUUGGAUGACGUCACGUUUUAUUAUCGAGCGCUAGGUAGUUUACGCAGUGAACUUGUCCCGAUUAAAUUAUUUGAUCGAUGGCAUUUAGGACUUGCUAUCUCAGUUGUAGCAUCUGGAUUUACAGCCUCAAUCUUAUGUGCUGGAUAUCGUCCGUUACUCCUAGCGACAAUGAAUCAUGAUUUUAAUGGAAAAUAUAGUCACAAUACGGCUUUACUAAAUUGGGGCGUCAUAUUUUCGGUUCUCCUUGGACUAUUUUCGGACUGUGUUCCAUUCUGUGGUACACGGCGGAAGGCUUACAUAGUUCUGGGAUGGAUAGUAAGCACCUUAAGCUUUGGGAGCGUUUCGGCGAUAUAUGUGUGGGAAUUCUCAACUCAUGAAGUGUCUGACGCAAUUUUUGGACGUCUAGUUGAAUUUUUUAGUAUUUUAGGUAGUAUAUCGCUUCAAUUUUCGUGGGUAACAGCAUUGGCAUUGGUCGUAGGAUUUGGACAGCGUGAAGCUAUAAGUGAACGUGGUGGAUUGGCGAGUUCGAUACUAAUAUUUUGGCAACUUGGAGCGCUUACAGCAAAUAUUGGUGUGGCCGAAUUUCAAACAAAGCUGACACUACUCAAUACAAGUACUUUGAUACUUAUAAUCUCAGUAACUGUGCUUCCAUUUGUGCUCUGGUUUCUCUAUGAAGACGAUGAACAAGGCAGUACAGCAACAUUAACUGCCUCAACGAAGCAACUUGGUGUCGUCCCAGCACUCCAUACGGGCAUACUUCAUUUAUGGGAAAUAUGCCAGGAGAUAGUCACGCAUCGGGUAUUGUUAUUUUUGUUACUUUACGGCAUGUUACUUCAUCUUCAUAACCCAAAUAUUGACGAAACACUUGCAAAUUGGAGCGAAUUUCCACCCAGUGAUUACGUUAAGAAUCCUUGGGUUCUUGUCAUUAUGACUGGAGGAACAAUCUUUGCACUAAUGUACGCAAAGUUACGACUCUUACGUACAGCAUGGCGUCAUUUAGCACUUUAUGGUAUUGGUAUCAUUGUCUUCACUGCAGUAGUACAAGCUACAGUUAUAGCAACUGAUACUGUCCGUACAAAAUGGUUUUAUGCUCUUUCAAGUAUUUUUCGAAUAUGGCCAACAUCUUGGUUGUUAUUAUUUACAGUCUUAACGACGACAGAAAUUGCUCAUGUUGGUUGUGAAGGCGUAACAAUGGGUUUUGUUCUCUCAGGUCAAGCUAUUGGUACAACAGUAAUGAAUGGAUUUGUUGAAUGGAUCAAUUAUCCAUCAAUUUUAACUCAUGAAGAUUCUCACAGUACACGAACACGUAUAUUAUUUGGAACAAUUGCUUAUGCUACGGUGAAUUUAAUUGCUAUACCUUUUGUUUUCUUACUUCCAAGUUCAAAACUUGAGACUCAACAACUACGUGCCUUUGGAGGGCAUGAUAAGAGAGGUGCGAUCUUGGUUGUUGUUUUAUUUCUUCUUUUUCUAGUGUUAGUUAUUCUAGCAAAUAUCUUGUAG